UUUAAGUUCUAUGUGAAGGCCUACCUACUACUGUACCUACUAGGGUAUUAUUAGAAGCCUAGGGCCUUCAAUUCUCGGGGUGUAAACAAACUUUCUAUAAAAUUCCUUGUGAGUUAACUUGAGGAGCAUAUGCUCCAACAAAGGAGUGAAGCUCUUUUGCUACGCUCCCUCGCUCAAGUUCAAAUUCUCUCACGUCGACUUAGCCCAUGUGAAGACAUCAUCAAAUCUCAUUCGUUCAAGACCAAGCUUGUUGAUGAGUGCCACCUUAUCGAGCUAAAGAUCCUAAUGUUAGGAGCGGAAUGAACGCUCUGAGUACCUACAAGGGUGCCUGAUCACUGGGCGCCACCAAACUGAUCGUCCCUCGGCAUCAUGAUACCAAAGACAGUAACCCCAACUUGACCGUCUCGAACGCAACCCUCCACAGCACCUCGUCUUUAUCGACUCACAUUGACUAUAUAAAAUUUUGUUUCUUAUCUAUUUUCAAUCGACCUUGAUAUCAAGUUUCACUUAAUUCUUUCUCGAAUCUUUCAAUUGCCGAUUGAAAAUGCCCCUUGUUAAGGACCAUGGCCGCCAAUACGACAUCGUUGUCCUUGGGGCAACUGGUUACACAGGAAAAUUAACGGCUGAAUAUAUCUCGAUGCAUCUUGCAACUGACCUAAAAUGGGCGGUGGCUGGCCGAAACAAUGGCAAGUUAACGGCUGUGGUUGAAGAGUGUCAGAAGCUCAACUCUGAUCGACUGCCACCAGGUACCGCCCAACAUCAUUCCUUGUUGAUCCUUUAUAGUCUACAGGCUGAUGAUUAAAAUUAGCCAUUGAGGUCGUAGACCUGGUCGACUCCGACUUGAGUGUUCUAGCAAAGAAGACGUGUAUUAUUCUAACCACCAUUGGACCAUAUAGCUUGUACGGUGAACAUGCUUAUAAGGCUUGUGCCAAGGCCGGAACCCACUACGUAGAUGUCACCGGUGAAGCUGCUUGGGUUCAUAAGAUGAUUAAGAAAUAUGAAGCAACUGCCAAACAGACAGGUGCUAUCUUGAUUCCACAAGCUGGAAUUGAGUCCGCUCCCGCUGAUCUCAUCACAUGGACCAUGGCCAAGGCUAUUCGUACCAAUCUAGGCUCUCAGACAAGAGAUGUGGUGGUUUCUCUCCACAAAAUCAACUCGGCACCAUCCGGUGGCACACUCGCUACGGCCUUGAGUAUCUGGGAUGUCUUCUCGCUUCAGGAGAUCAAGGAGGCUAGUAGCCCGUAUGCCCAGUCACCUGUCAAACAUAAAGAUCCAACACGGCCCAAGAGCUCAAUUCUCCAAAUGAUUUUUGGCGUUCGGACCGUACCAAAUCUUGGGCUCCAGACCACGGCGGUCACGAAUUCAACUGAUGUUGCAGUUGUUGAACGUACUUGGGGUCUUCUCUCCAGUACGCCCUCCCGCAAAGAUGAGUUUUAUGGCCCCAAUUUCGUUUGGGUAGAACACAUGAAAGCCCGCAACUGGCUCCAUGGGAUCUUUAUUCAUUGGCUUCUUAUUGUCGGCGGGGUCCUACUCGUAUCAGUUGCACCGUUGAGGAACUUUCUCAAGAAGCGUGUAUGUCAGCCCGGGGAAGGUGCUAAACGUGAGGACACGGACAAAGAUGAAAUUGAGUAUCGCGGCAUCGCAUAUCCUGAUUCGGAGAAGGCCGCAGGCAAAGCAGCUCUCUGCCGUAUGUGGUAUCAUGGUGGCAUGUACUUCUUGACAGGAAUGCUCCUUGCCGAGAUUGCCGCAACAAUUCUUGAAGACGAAAUUGAGCUCGAUGGCGGAUCUUAUACACCAGCGUGCCUAGGUCAAGGCUUAGUUGACCGCUUGGACAAGUCUGGUUUCAGGACAGACGUCAGGAUUAUUGAUGCUUGAACCUGAUUAGCAACGUAAAAACAAGGCGUUUGCACAUGAUGGGAAAGCAAUGUCACAACAGGGCUACAUCACCUUCGCACAGACAAAGAUCAGUUGACCCCAUACCAAUAAUGAGUAUCAUCUCCUAGAUAAAUAUGUUGCCAACCGGCAGUUUCAUACUCUUACGUCGCUGGCCCUUCAUACACUACCUUGGCCUAGCUAGGCUUGCUCUCGAUUAGGCAUUCAGUGGUAUUCAGUGGCAGAGGCUUCAUUAUAUCGAAAUUCGAACCUCUUUUAUUCUCAGAAAACCGUUUUUGGUAAUUUGCCAAGCUUAGUGUACUAUUGGCUUCUUUGUCACUGAUAUUUGUGCCGUCAAAAUGGCAUGAAGUCUUCCUCUUAUAGACAAUGAUCGAAGAAACUUUGGGAACUCGAUCUGAGGCGACAAAAACACAUUCGUAGAUUAAGAAUUUCUUAGUAUAACGUUAGGGAGUUCUUGAAGCAGCUUUCCUGCUCUUGUACACAGCCAGUCUCGAGUCUUUUGACGUCCAAAAGCUCAUCUUAUAUCAAGAUAAGAAAAAUAUGUAAAGUUAGUAGUAUGCUGAAAAGAGAAAUGCGAGAUGCCCC